AUGGACGGCGGAGAUAAACCCGAAGGAUCAGGGUUGGUUCAGAUGGAAAGCAGCAGUGAGCCUCGUGCUAGUAGUGGUGGUGAAUGGAAAGAGGGCACUGGAGAUAGAGCGAUGGAGAGGGAAGAAGAGGGAGAGGAUUUUGAGAUGAGUGAUGACGAUGAAAGGGACGGGAACGAUUUGACCGACGAGGGGGAGGAGGGGGAGGAAGGGGAGGUACGCCAGGAAGGGGAAGAGAGAGACAUUAUCGAGUCUGUCUUUAGGGAGAUCCAUGCGUGGAAAGGAGAAAGCAGUGUUCAAAGGGAAGGGCAGGGGGGUGUUGAGGGUCAAAGGACGAGAAAGAGCACGGGGAUUAGCACGGGGAUUAGCAUGGGGAUUAGGAGUAGCAGGCGGAAAGAGGGGGAUGGGGGUGGUUUGAGGGGAUUGGUGGGGGUGCGGAGAGGAGUGAGUGGAGUAACCAAGCCGGGAAUUGGGAGGACGGCCCAUGGGAGACGAAGGCUGGUGGGCGGAUGGAUGGCAGGAGUGCCGGAAAAUACUGAGAGAACAGCGAUUGAAAAGCAGAGCACCAGGAGAGGAAAAAGGGGAAGGAGGCUGGUGGACGGAUGGAUGGCAGGGGUGCCGGAGAAGUCAGAGAGAACAGCGAUUGAGAAGCCAAGGAGUAGAAGGAGGAGGAGGCUGGUGGAUGGGUGGGUGGGCGGGCCGUGGGAGAAAGCCUCAUCGGCGUUUCAGUGGGUAAACGAGGCGGGCAAUAAAGAGGAAAUUCUUGGUGUGGAGGCGGGCAGUAAAGCGGACCCGCAAAGAUACUACCAAUGGCAGUGGCCUGUGGAGAGGCUGGGCGCCAGCUGGCACGGCAUGUUCAUGCGGGGCGAUGCCCGGUACGACAUCAAGUGGCCCGUGGCGAGGCUGGGGUUCAGCUGGUGUGGCGCCACCGAGUACGACGACACCGAGUACGACGACACCAGGUACGGCGUGAAGAACACCCCCUCAUGUGGAGGUAUCCUCCCUGAAUCAGCCUAUGUCAACCUCCCCGUCUGGGGCUCGGACGCUGGAGUUUCAGAGCUGAAGCUUCUCAGCACUGUGCAGCGCCAGCAGGAGAAGCAAAAUCACAAGCAGCCCGUUCCUGUUCCUCAAGACCAACGGGAUUUCAUGCUGAAGGAGCGCUGGCUCAUUUGGAUGCCACGGUUUGGGCUGGGGAACUCCCUGAGGGCGUACACCUCGUCGUUCAUCUUUGCUCUGCUGUCGGGACGGAGGCUGCUGCGGUGGCACGGGGGGAACCACAAGCAGGGGCGUAUAUGGACAUAUGGCAUAAGACCUUAUAAGAAGGUGAGUGGCAAGGCGUGUGGCACCAUUGCGGGGGGUGGGGACCUGCACAAGCAGGAGAGGGCGGGGAGAGUAUGGAACAAGCAUGUGGCAUGCGAAUGUGGGGGUUCAAUGGAGGGUGCACUGGGGCAUGUUGCAUGGUAUAGGGGGCUGCACCAGAAGGCGAGGGAAGGGAGAGUAUGGUUCGACCAUGCUGGCAUGCAAAUGCAUUGUUUUGAGUCGACUCAAAACACAUUGUCAUCCCUCUAUGCACCACAUUUUCCCACAGUUCCACCUCGUGCCACCCCUGCACCCCAUCCUCACAUUUCCCAGGUCUUGGACCGCAAAUUCUUUGACAGAUUGUGGCGUGGCGACCCGCAGGUCAACCAGUGCGUGCAUGACGCCUUCUCCUGCCGCUCCCUCUGGUGCAUCCGCUGUGCUCUCUCCUUGCACUCCCUCCUCUUCCCCCUACCCCAUCCAUUCCCACCAGGAGCGUUCUUUGACAGAUUGUGGCGUGGCGACCCCCAGGUCAACCAGUGCGUGCACGACGCCUUCUCCUGCCGCUCCCUCUGGUGCAUCCGCUCCAAAGUGCUCUCUCUGCUCCUCGGCAACGGCCCCAAGCCGGGAAUGCAAGACGUGGUGGACAGAGACCUGAGGGUGGUGCCGCCGCUCGUGCUCCGAGGAGAAGAGGUGGGGAGGAAGGAGGGGGAGGUGACAGAAGGGAAGGUGGAGCCACGGAUGGUUCAGAAAGGGGAGGGAUUAAGGCUGCAGUUUGACGUGGCGCUGCACAUCCGUGGACAUGCCAUCAACGUGGAGGGCGAUUACUGUAUAAAAAAGGACAAGAAAUGCCGGGAGAAAGCGCAGAGAGGAGAGCAAGUGCGGGCGCAUGCAUACAUGAAGCCAAGGCAGUGGCGCUGCAUUGUCAGACUGAUGCAGUUCCUAAGGAUCAAGAAGGCCGCUGUUGGAGGUUUCAGUAAUGCCACAGCCGCUCCUGGCCGAUCUCCUAAUGCCACAGCCGCUGCGGGUGGUUUCACUAAUACUACAGCUGCUGCUGAUGGUUCGGCCAAUGCUACAGGCAAUACCGUUGGGGUAAUCAACGGUAAAGCCCCUCUUGCUACCGCCAACUCAGCCACCAAGUCAACCAAAGGCUCUGCACUCCACCCCAUCCCUAUGUUCACAACCUUCAUAUUCCUCUGUCGUCCCCCCUUGCCUUCCCUUCCUAACCCGACCGCAUAA